GUUAUUCUGCUCUAGGUGACAUCUCUUUCCGCUUCCUGGAAUACACUCGCUCGAUGUAUGAUCGUCAGCAGCGGAUGAGAGCAAAAUCCCAUCCGGCGCCAUCGUGGCAGGACAUCGCCGAUCGUUACGCGUCAGACGAAGCAGGGCCUCCACAGUCGCACGCAGUGGUGUGUGACGGCAACAAAGACAUGAGACAGAGAAUGCAGGAAUCACGACCGGUGCAGUCAUCUUUAACCAAACACUUCGUAUCACUUGUGUUUUAGAGGGAACAUCGAAUGUCGAUUGUGUUGUCACAUGUUUGCAGGCCUGCCGUGGGCGAUGCAGAAGAGCUCCCGUUCGAUGACGAUCAGUCAUUAUUAUAUCAGUCACUAUUGUGUUCGGCAUCAGAAAUGUCACCCACAUAGAGCAAGUAAAGACUCUGCACUCCGCAUCCGUUUGCUUGAACACGGGUUCAAACUAGACUAAACACAUCACAGUACUGAAAGCCGUUUCUUUCCUAGCCCAAACUCGAUAUAGUGCCCAUAUUGCUAUUUCUCUAUAUCUAAUCUAAUAUGGUACCAUAUUUCAUGUUGUGGUAUUCAUUCAUUAACAUAUUGGAAGAGUCUUUGAUCAUCAUGUCACUGUAAGCUGGUUAUUAUUAUUAUUAUUAUUAUUUAGUUUGAGAUGAUGACUCUUUUGGCAGGCUCUAAAUUCAGCAAAGUGACCAACCCUCUUCUCGCAAGGCUGUAUGAUGCAUAUAGUUUUCAGAUGAUCCCUGUGUUGGGUGAAGUGAUUGCUGGAGACUGGAAGUCAUAUCAGUAUUUGGUGGAGAGUAUCCAAAAGUUCCCAGACCAGGAAACAUUCAAGGAAAUGAUUGAGGAUGCUGGCUUCUUCUGUGUCCAGUAUUUUAACCUGACCGGAGGAAUCGUUGCCGUUCAUUCAGGAUUCAAGCUCUGAGUGUCAGCAUGCAGCGAGUGUUGCCUUCUCUCCAAAUCAACUCUGACAAGAAAGAGCGUUGUUCAACAAACAAUGAGUGGAGGACAUUAAAAUGAACACCGUUCGACCAGACACUGGGGUCUCAGCAUGAAAAGUCCUUUGUUCGUGUGUUUUUGUUGGUAAUGGAAACACUUUCACUCUCUGGCAGACGUUAAAAUGUUCUUUAAAGUGUUGUGGGUUUAAUUGAGCUGUUGAAAAUGGCUUAAUUUGUAAAGGCUGAUGACAUGUGAGCACUCUUUUUAUUUGUACAAGAUGGACAAUGUGUUUGGUUUUUGGUCUGUGGGAAGCACAUGCUGACCUAGUAAAAGAUGAAAUAUAUUUUGUUCUUUGAUCCCUUUACAAAAUGUAAGUUUAGUAAUGAAUGC